GUGCAUGCCUACCUCCUAGGAUCUGGCAUGUCAGCCUCGGCCGGGCAGCAGGGCUGGGGUGGCACGGGUGGCUAUUCGGAUCAGCAUCGUGGGCCGAUCGCCACUCUAAGUUGGGCUUCAAAAAUGUGACUAUUGAUGAGUAAGGUAAAUCAGGGGCGGCGUCGGGUAAGCCUUACGACCGUUAAGGUGUAAUGAGCCGCAUGAGCCGCGGCAGGCUCACAAACAUCGUCGCCUUUCUUCUUCUUCUGGAAUUGCUCGGUCAAUUGCCUGGAUUCGGUUAUGAUGAUGAGAGAAUGCGUAGCGCUGUUUUCAUUCUUCCUGAUUUUUGUUUUUCUUUUUUGGGAUUCCCUGUCUCUAGUGGCAUUGAUUGGUCAAUUGCGUUCAAGCCCGUUGUGCGAAAGCGUGCUUCUUUUGGAAAUAUAUGGGGGUUUGGUCUGAGCGUUGGAGCGAGUGAGCAGUUAUUGAGCGCUGUUAUUGAAAUAUCCCUCUUAGUCUAGUUAGUCAAUCGUGGUCAUCCGCGCUGAAAUCGAUGUGUAGAAAUGGCAGUGUAGGUCUUGAAUGUUGACCUGUGUGUGCUAGUGCAGCC